CCGCUGGACUCAAAUCCUAAUUAUUUACAAAAUCAUGCAACUUACACGGUUGGGGAGGGCACUGCAUAACCCCCCCCCCAUUUGCAGUGUCUUCUGACUGCUCACCCCAUCCUGAGGAUGAAUUCCCAGAUCUUAAGAUUCUUCCUUCCAGUCUUUUAAAAUGUGGCCCAAAGCAAACAGGAAACAAUCUUCAGUUUAACAUUAAGGAGGUGGCUGAUGGCUGUUAAGGCACCAGGGUUUCUUUGAACGUCUGAGAUUGGCUGGAGGGCUAUUUUUAGAUCUUGCUUUUUAAACUCGGGGCUUAGGGGAGCUUUCCUUGAGAAUGUUGCAUCCUUAGUGGGAGAUUGUGAUUUAAAGUCCAAGGAUCACUCUUUUAGUCUUUACAGCAUAACUCUGAUAAGAUGUGUGGGCAGUAGCUGAAAUCUCAGAAAUCAGAGUUGGGCUGGACUUGGACAGAAGGUGACACUUCGGUGCUUGCACAGCAACGUGUCUACCCCCAAAAUAAAUAAAAUAAAACACUUUCCCUGGAGCUGAAAGGAAGUGAAACAACAUGCACAGGAGACAAUUGACUUUAUUUGCUUUUUGCUUUGCAGUUUAUUUUUAUUUGCUUAUUGCUUGGUUUUCCUUGUCGCUGUGUGCGCACAGCCCUGGCCAAAGCAGAACUGGGCAGGAGACUGGUUUUUCCUUGUGAUGUGUGAGUAAGCACAUAAGGAGAAGAGUUACAAGCAGCCUUCUGAGCUAGCUUUCCAUCUGCAGGGUAGCUGUUGAUGUGAGAGGACUCAAAUUGGAUUCCGUCACUUUCUUUCCAAGAUGGUACACUUCUGUGAGGACUGUACCUCAUACCAUUUCAGAACAUUUGAGGGGUUCUGUUAGUGUCUGGGCAAAAAGAGGACCACAUAGCUGUAAUUUUCUGUAGCAGUUCAGGGGGCCAGAAGUGGGAUUUAGAUAGGCAGGCAGUGGCUUCAGGUGGCUAAACUAGGUGUUUUUUUCUGACCAAGAACCUGAACUGCCUAUUGGAUUUUCUUCUCCAUUUUUGUGUGUAAACAGGUAAGCCCGCUUUCUGGGGUCCAAAACGUCUAAGAGAGAGAUGUGUCACCGUGGCAAGCGGGCUGUGCUGGUGCAGCCCAGCAAGCAUGAGCCACAGUGCAGCCACAAAUCCUAUCCUUGCCCAAACGGAAGGGUCUCCUUUUAGCUGCUCUUUGUGCAGCACGGAGUUUAUUUAGCAUUCUUGCCCACGCCUGGCUUUGAGGAGCUGAGCCGAACUCUCCUUUCAAAGAGGGCCUUUCUCAAGUGGCGUUUGAUUCGGUGAGGAGACCCUGCAAUGAUGGUGCAUUGUGGGAAAGGGAGAAAGAGAGCGCCUUCUUGGCGGCAGCAGGAUGCAGCCAGGUUGUCCCACCCUUGACUUUCUGGGAGGCAGGCUGGGAGGCUGGGGGGAAUCUGAAAUGUGUGUCUUGGCGUUGCAGGUUUUCAAGGUGGACGUCCUCUGCAACGGGCGGAAACACACCCUGGAGAAGCGCUACAGUGAGUUCCUCGCCCUUCAUAAGAGGAUUAAGAAGAGAUGCAAAGUUCCGGAUUUCCCUCCCAAGCGUGUGCCCAACUGGAUGGCAAAGGUGAUGGAGCAGAGGCGCCAGGGGCUGGAAGCCUACCUGCAGGGAAUCCUGUUGUACAACAGAGAGCUCCCCAAAGAUCUGCUGGAUUUUCUGAAGCUCUGGCAGUUCCAACAGGACUCCAAGGACAGCCAUCUGGGCUCUCUGGAAGACUUUGCCUUACAGGAUAUCAGCCCUGGGUGCCUCCUUUCCCAUCGGCCAGUUGUCAGCUACCACAGCGAUCCAUAUAUGCUCCCGUCUUCCACAGAUUCGUUUCCCGAUGUGGUUCUGAGUGGGGUGCUACAGGGCCUCUAUGCACCUGAGACGGGCUUCAGCCUGGAUUCCAAGUUUUUAGCAAGGCCUGACCUGGGACUCCCGAGGGCUCUGCCGCCCCCUUGAUGACGCUUGUGCUCCUUUGGGACUUUUGGAGGGAACACUUGAACCAGGCUCAGCUUAUUCCCUCAAAGAGGGGACAUGUCUUGGGCACCUGCACCUCACCUUCGAGGAAGAGGGGGGGGCAUGUGUCUUGUGUGCUGUAUUAGAAGCUGCUUCACCUAGUGCAGAGACAAGAAAACACACACUGUCGUGUCAGAGGGAAGAGGGGUCUAUUCACACUUGCCUUGCCUUCAGUUACAGGCUGCCCUGGAGGGGGGCUUUCAGAGCUGACUGACAUUUGGGGAUGGUUUCUACUGGUUUGCUGCAUUCCACAGCAAAGGGACUCAAGAGAGGAGGAGCUGCUUUGCCACAAGCGGGGUGGACCUGCAGUGACCUCUGGCUGACUGAGACAGCGCUACCAACACUCUGAAAAGAAUUCUUACAUGUGAAUAGCAUGUUUUCCAGCCUGCAAACCAUUGUGGUGGCUGCUCAGGAGUGACACAAACUUUAAAUGAAUGCAUGUAUUGUGGGCAGUCUGGACCUGCUGGAAAGGUACAAGCUUUUCUGGGGGGGAAUGCAUGUGGGUAACCAAACUUAAACCCUUUUAAGGCUUUUCAUCAUGUGAAUCGCUGUAGCCGGCAGCAUUUCUGCUUCCUCCAUAGUACAGUAGAUGAUGUCUUUAAGCAUAAAGGGGUAUUCAAUAAAAGUACUUUA